ACGUGUCAUCCAACGAUGAAACCCUAAUUACUUCGUAACGGACCACUACUAACUUUAUAUAACCCGCUAUCACCGCCGACCUCAAACCCUAGCACCCUCACCCCCCAUUUUCACAUCCGUAAACCCCCUCUCAAUCCUUCAGUUGUUUUCUCCAAUUGCUUGUUGAGAAAUCAUGUCGGACGAUGAACGAGUUGAAGAGAAGGAGCUGGAUCUUUCUUCACCAGAAGUUGUAACCAAAUACAAAUCGGCAGCUGAGAUUGUUAACAAGGCAUUGCAGUUGGUUUUGUCAGAGUGCAAACCCAAAGCCAAGAUUGUUGAUAUAUGUGAGAAAGGGGAUUCAUACAUCAGAGAGCAAACUGGGAACAUGUACAAGAAUGUUAAGAAGAAGAUCGAAAGGGGUGUUGCAUUUCCAACAUGUUUGUCGGUGAACAACACAGUCUGUCAUUUCUCCCCCCUUGCCAGCGAUGAAACAGUAUUGGAGGAAGGUGACAUUUUGAAAAUUGAUAUGGGGUGUCAUAUUGAUGGUUUCAUUGCCGUGGUGGCUCACACACACAUGCUUCAGCAAGGACCUGUAACGGGUCGGGCAGCUGAUGUCAUUGCUGCUGCAAAUACUGCAGCUGAGGUUGCUUUAAGACUUGUGAAGCCUGGAAAGAAGAACCAAGAUGUGACAAAGGCUAUCCAAGAGGUUGCUGCUGCGUAUGACUGCAAAAUUGUGGAAGGCGUUCUUAGCCAUCAGCUGAAACAAUUUGUGAUUGACGGGAACAAAGUUGUAUUGAGCGUCUCAAAUCCCGAGACAAGAGUCGAUGAUGCCGAGUUCGAGGAAAAUGAAGUUUAUGCAAUUGAUAUCGUCACCAGCACAGGAGAUGGCAAGCCAAAAUUGUUGGACGAAAAACAGACAACGAUUUACAAACGAGCAGUUGACAAGAGUUAUCACCUGAAAAUGAAAGCAUCUCGGUUUAUAUACAGUGACAUUUGUCAGAAUUUUCCAAUCAUGCCGUUUUCAGCUAGGGCUUUGGAAGAGAAACGUGCACGAUUAGGAUUGGUUGAGUGUGUUAACCAUGAGCUUUUGCAGCCCUACCCUGUUCUUCAUGAAAAGCCUGGUGAUUUUGUUGCGCAUAUCAAAUUCACGGUUCUUCUGAUGCCAAAUGGGUCUGAUCGUAUAACGUCUCAUGGACUCCAGGAACUACAGCCUACUAAAACAGUUGAUGACCACCCUGAAAUCAAAGCGUGGUUAUCUCUUCCUGUAAAGAGCAAAAAGAAAGGCGGUGGCAAGAAGAAGAAAGGUAAGCAAGUCGAGAAAGUUGAAGGUGAGGCCAAGCCCGAGCCGAUGGAAACAUGAAAUGGUGGUGCCUAACAAAAACAAAAAAAAUCAAUUUUGGUUUCUACCUUUUUGUAUGGUGUCAGAGUUUGUUGAAUGAAUUAUGUCUUUAAAGAUGUGUUCAAAAGCAUUGUUGAUUCAUAACCUCUCUCUCUUACAUAAGUCUUUUUGUGAGGCUUUUUUUCAAGUACCAUUAAAAACUUCAUAUC